AAACGCUACUCUGUCCACCCAAACCAACAAUUCUCUAAAAAACGACUUCGUUUCAUAUAAGAAUCCAGAAACCCGCCAUUGUCCCUCAUUCACGCUGCCCCGUGGGAGAAGAGACUGGAACCCCUGCAACUCUCCUGUAUAUAUUACCCUUCAAGCAUUGCGUAUCUAAUCAUCUAGAAAUCAUUAGCGAUUAUCUAACGAAGUUCUCUCUUUAGCUCUUGCAUUCGCUCACGCUUGGCUUUGAGGCUUGUGUUUUGGUGCGUGCAGUGGGAAGGAAUGGCGGACGUGCAAAUGGCUGAUGCAGAGACCUUUGCUUUCCAAGCUGAGAUCAACCAGCUUCUGAGUUUGAUCAUCAAUACCUUCUACAGCAACAAGGAAAUUUUCCUUCGCGAGCUCAUCAGUAACGCCUCUGAUGCAUUGGACAAGAUCAGAUUUGAGAGCUUGACAGAUAAAAGCAAGCUGGAUGCGCAACCUGAGCUUUUCAUUAGGCUUGUUCCUGACAAGGCCAAUAAAACGCUCUCGAUUAUUGAUAGUGGUAUCGGCAUGACCAAAGCAGACUUGGUAAACAAUUUGGGUACCAUUGCAAGAUCCGGCACAAAGGAGUUUAUGGAAGCAUUGCAGGCUGGUGCCGAUGUGAGUAUGAUUGGUCAAUUUGGCGUCGGUUUCUACUCGGCUUACCUUGUCGCGGAGAAGGUGAUUGUGACCACUAAACACAACGACGAUGAACAGUAUAUUUGGGAAUCACAAGCUGGUGGUUCUUUCACAGUCACAAGGGAUGUCAACGGGGAACAGCUGGGCAGGGGAACCAAAAUUACUCUUUUCCUCAAGGAGGACCAGCUGGAGUACUUGGAAGAGAGGAGGAUUAAGGACCUUGUGAAGAAGCAUUCUGAAUUCAUUAGCUAUCCCAUCUACCUGUGGACAGAGAAAACAACUGAGAAAGAGAUCAGCGAUGAUGAAGAUGAUGGACCCAAGAAGGAAGAGGAGGGAGAUGUGGAGGAAGUUGAUGAGGAGAAAGAGACAAAAUCCAAAAAGAAGAAGAUCAAAGAGGUCUCUCACGAGUGGCAGCUCAUCAACAAGCAAAAGCCCAUCUGGCUACGCAAGCCAGAGGAGAUCACCAAGGAGGAAUAUGCGUCUUUCUACAAGAGCUUGACCAACGAUUGGGAGGACCACCUUGCCGUCAAGCAUUUCUCCGUCGAGGGUCAGCUUGAAUUCAAGGCUAUCCUAUUUGUACCAAAGAGGGCUCCGUUUGAUCUCUUCGACACCCGGAAGAAGAUGAACAAUAUCAAGCUUUAUGUCAGGAGGGUCUUCAUUAUGGAUAACUGUGAGGAGCUAAUCCCCGAGUACCUGAGCUUUGUCAAGGGUGUUGUUGAUUCUGAUGAUCUGCCUCUUAACAUCUCUCGCGAGAUGCUCCAACAGAACAAAAUCCUCAAGGUUAUUAGGAAGAAUAUUGUGAAGAAAUGCAUUGAAAUGUUCAAUGAGAUUGCUGAGAAUAAGGAAGACUACAACAAGUUUUAUGAGGCUUUCUCAAAGAACUUGAAAUUGGGUAUCCAUGAAGACAGCCAGAACAGAGCUAAACUGGCUGAUCUGCUCCGAUAUCACUCAACCAAGAGUGGUGAUGAGAUGACAAGCUUGAAGGACUAUGUAACCAGAAUGGAGGAGGGCCAGAAGGAUAUCUACUAUAUCACUGGUGAGAGCAAGAAAGCUGUUGAGAAUUCACCAUUCCUAGAGCGGCUCAAGAAAAAGGGCUAUGAGGUUCUCUUCAUGGUAGAUGCUAUAGAUGAGUACGCAGUUGGGCAGCUCAAGGAAUAUGAUGGAAAGAAGCUGGUUUCUGCUACUAAAGAAGGACUGAAGCUUGAUGAUGAGACCGAGGAAGAGAAGAAUAAAAGAGAGGAGAAAAAGAAGUCUUUUGAGAAUCUGUGCAAGACAAUUAAGGACAUUCUCGGGGACAAGGUGGAGAAAGUGGUAGUGUCUGAUAGGAUUGUGGACUCCCCUUGCUGUUUGGUAACAGGGGAGUAUGGGUGGACUGCUAAUAUGGAAAGAAUCAUGAAGGCACAGGCUUUGAGAGACAGCAGUAUGAGCUCUUACAUGUCUAGCAAGAAAACAAUGGAGAUCAAUCCUGACAAUGGAAUCAUGGAGGAGUUAAGGAAGAGGGCUGAGGUUGACAAGAAUGACAAAUCUGUGAAGGACCUUGUGCUACUGCUGUUUGAGACUGCCCUCUUGACCUCUGGCUUUAGCCUGGAUGAUCCAAACACAUUCGCUGCUAGGAUUCACAGGAUGUUGAAACUGGGCUUGAGCAUUGAUGAAGAUGAGAUUGCUGGUGAUGAUGCUGAAAUGCCUGCUUUGGAGGAAGAUGGUGUUGAGGAAAGCAAGAUGGAGGAAGUGGACUGAGGUCUUGAUUUCAGGAGCUUACUGUGUCAUUGUUUGAAAGGAAAUGGCCAUUUGGCGUCAUUUACUAAUACAACUGUAAUACACUUUUGAUGUCGGUCUAAGAAGAGUUAAUUUUGUGUGUGUCCUAAACUGAAUGCAAAUUUUUGGUUCUCCUCAA